AUGAGGGACAGAGCUGCUGAUGUCAAUUUGCCCAGGUACUUUGCAUCCAAAGUAGGGCAAGUCUACGUCAGCGUCGAAUGGGCAGCAUUCAAUCCCACAGAUAGACUUGCGCUCGACGUUGAUGCAUUUGGAGACGGUGCCGUUCUGGGCUGUGAUUUCGUCGGCACCGUCACGCAAGCUCAUACAAAUGUGAGCAGGUUGCAAGUUGGUGAUAGAAUCGCCGCGUUGGUUUGGGGAGCUUUCCUCAUAAAUCUUGAAUUACACAGGUCCUACUGCAUCGCCGACGAGCGCAUCUCAUUCAAAGUUCCGAACACCGUCGAGAGUUCUAAGGCCAGCGCCGUUCCACUUGCCGCAAACACUACGUACCUGGCGCUAUUCUCUGAAGAUUGCCUCGGCUUCUCGCGAGAUGUAUCUAUCACCAAGCCUCCCGUGCUAAUCUGGGGCGGCAGUUCCGUCGUCGGAUACUUCGCCAUCCAGCUAGCAAAACUUCACGGCUACCCCGUAGCCACGACCUGCAGCCCCCACAACUUCGACUACGUCAAGAAUGCCGGAGCCACCCAUGUCUUUGAUUACAACGACGCCGACGUAGUGAUGAAACUCCAAACUGUAGUGCCGACACUAUCACAUAUCUUCGACACCAUCGGUAACGCAAGCUCCUCAGCGAUGGCAGCCGCUGCUCUACACGGCAGAGCUGGUGUUCUCUGUACAGUCCGCCCGGGCAAGGCAAACACCGAGGAGGUGCCAAGCAACAUCAAAGUGACUGAUGUGUUCGUCUUCACCGCGUUUCCGACGGCUCAUACGUACCGCGGAUUGGUGCACUGGCCUGUCUCAAUGCCGAAUCAUCUGCUCAGCGCUGAGCUGUACGAGCGGCUCCCAAGUCUGCUCGAGAGCAACGCCAUCAAGCCGCCUCCAGUGAAGUUGCUCGGAAGACUCAGCCCUCAGACAGUCAAUGAAGCAAUGGAGCUGAACCGUGGGGGAAAGAUAUCCGCAGAGAAGCUUUGCUUUGAUGUCUCUUCUACUUUCGGCAAGUAG